AGACGAAUGGAUUCCGAUGCAAGUUUGAUCUCAAGCCAACCCUCAUCCCCGGAGACCGACGACCUCUUCCUCUCGGGUCGGGGGCGGCGUGGUGGUGGUGGCGGCGGCGGGGGGGGACGACGACGACGACGACGACCACCAUCACCACCACCGCCAUCACCACCACCACCACCACCGGCGCGGGAGGGGGUCUUGAGCGAAGAGCAGUUGGCGUUGGGCUCGAAGGAAGCCGCCCUGAGGCUCAAGGACAAGAAACAGAUGAGCGAACCCGAGCUGCAGCAGCUCCGGCUGAAGAUCAACAGCCGAGAGCGCAAGAGGAUGCACGACCUGAACAUCGCCAUGGACGGGCUGAGGGAGGUCAUGCCCUACGCCCACGGCCCGUCGGUCAGGAAGCUGUCCAAGAUCGCCACCCUCCUCCUGGCCAGGAACUACAUCCUGAUGCUCACCAACUCCCUGGAGGAGAUGAAGCGGCUGGUGAGUGAGAUCUACGGUGGGCACCAUCACCACCACCACGCGGCCGCCGCCCACGCCCACGCCCACGCGGCCGCCGCCGCCGCCGCCGCCGGCUUCCACCCGUCGUCGGUCUCCUCCUCCUCCUCCGCCGCCGCCGCCGCCCACGCCGCCGCCUGCGUCGGGAGUGCGGGUGUCGGCGGUGUGGGUGUGGGCGGCGUCGGGGCCAUCAGGUCCCCCCCGUCUCACGCCCUCCUCAAGUCGGCCUCGGCUCCUCUGGGCCCCGGGGGGUUCCAGCAGUGGGGCGGGAUGCCCUGCCCGUGCGCCAUGUGCCAAGUGCCGGCGCCUCACCACCUCCCCGGCCUGGCCCCGGGCGGCGGCGCCUCGCGAUUGGCCUCCGAGAGCAAGUGAAACGGUUUCGCUUCAGCCCUCGAGCGUUAACAUUGCUCUCUCAACCUC